GGAACCACCUUUACAUAUGUGCUUUUAAAGGGACGUAAGUCACGCAAGCAAAGAUGGCUUCGCUUGCCAAGGAGAAUGUCGUGCUGCCUGGGACUAUGGGUGGUGGACCACAUGGGCUUGGUGAUCCUGAUGACAAAUCUUUGAGGCAUGUCGAGACGGAAAUAUUGAUUCCUCAAAAAAUGAAAGAAAAGGCAAAAAAAGAAAGGUGUGCCAAAGAAGUCAAAGAUUUUGGAGACUGUGCCAAGGACCAAGGAGUUCUUUUACCGUUCAUGUGUCGAGCUGUUGCCAAGCAUCUUGAGCAGUGCCUUACAGCAUCUUACAAGGAUCCAGCGUUUAAGGAGAAAUGUAAAGAGGAGUACCUGGAAGAGCGUUCCGAGUACAGACGCACUGGAAUCAAAAAGAAAAUGAAGAAAAAGGAUGCUGUAAUUAGUUAAAACUUUGUAUAAGUGUGUUUUAUUUUAAAACUUAUAAUCCUAUCAGUGAUAUUUCAGUGAAUCUGCUGAGCAGAUCAAGUUUUAUAAGAUUAAGAAAGUGUGGAAAGCUUUGAGAGAUAUGAACAUCAGUUUAGUAGUUUUUUGGUGUUUUUUAAGUAUUAUUUUUUUUUCGGAAGGUAUUUGGUCUUGCUUUGGGAUACAAGUUCUGCAGUAAGAAAUUUUUUACCAGGUAACCGUUCACGAAGAUCAUUAUCCAUGCAGACCAAGCUGUAGUGUUUGUUUUAUGAUGGGCUUGUGCACAAACUGGACACCUGUUGAGGUUGAAAGGGAACAGAGGCAGGUAGUGAUAUACCACGUUUCUUGUGGUAUGUAAGUAUGAGCUACACAUGUGAGUGUUUUCUAAUUCUAAAUGCAAGAGAUAAUUUAGAACAGAGACCAUAAAAAUCUUGAAAUAAGAUACAAAAUAAAAACAUACAGUUCUUUCAAUUUCAGUUAAAAAAUAGCAGUGGGGAAUAAAUAAUGAUUUCCAAGCUUUAUACUUUCACCUACGUUUACUGGGGGUCCUCACAUGGAUCAAUAAAAUCAUCAACGACAGUGCCAGCUAUUGUGACAUAUUUGACACAGGGGAUUUCAAGGUCUAGGCAAUAAAUCUUUUAUACAUCUUGAUAGUGUGAGUGCUGACCUGCUGAUCAAUGAUCAAGCAGCAGCAUGUUCCGAGGAUUAGGAAGACUGAAAAUAAUACUAUUGAACACAUAGUAGUGUGUGUGUGUGACAUCUAUGAAAUGAGAUUGUAAAUAUGUAAAUAAAGGUAAACUGAUUCUCAUCACACGA